AAACAGGUUUACAUAUAAAACACAUUACUCACAAUGGGAAGAUCAAGAUCACAUUCAAGGUCACGGUCUAGGUCAAGGUCACGCAGCCGUGGAAGGAGACGCAGCCGCAGUUACAGCAGAAGUAGAAGUCGGAGUUCUUCACCAGAGUCCUACAGGCAAAGUCUUGCUUACAACAGGGUUCACGUUGCCGAUCUAGGGCUGGAUCCAAGCAAGCGUGAGAUAGAGAAAGCAUUUGAAAAGUUUGGACCAUUGAUAGAGGUGUGGGUGGCAAGGAACCCUCCAUGUUUUGCAUUUGUUGUCUACAAGUAUAAAGAAGAUGCUGACAAUGCUAUCAGGGAAAUGGACGGACAAGUUCUUUCUGGCGGAAGAGUCCGCUGCUCAUAUGCCAGACCUAGAGUGCGAGGUGGUGGGCCAAGACGACGCGGUGGGUUUGACGCAAGUCUAAGGUGUUACCAGUGUGGUGAGAGAGGUCAUUUCUCAAGGGAUUGUGAUGAAAUAUGGAGACAACGACGCAGGAAUAGAGAAAGAAGGCGCAGUCCAAGAAGAAGCUUCUCAAGGUCACGUUCAAGGGAUAGACGAAGGUCAAGGUCACGAUCCAGGGAGAGGCGUAGGUCAAGGUCGAGGUCAAGAAGUAGAGACAGGAAGAGGAAAACAAGCAGGAGGGACAGCAGAAGCAGAAGUCGGUCUAGAAGUCGAUCCAAGUCAAGAAGGGCACACUCAUCUUCGAAAUCCCCAAGACGAGAACGGGAAGAGAAAUCAAAAUCAAAAAGUCCCGAACAGAAUGGAACCGAAUCACCAGACAGAGUUGAUGAAAGUAAACUGGAAGUGAAGGAAGAGGUGGACUGAACUUGAUGAAGUUUUGAAUAUUCAUGGUGGAAUAUCCAUUAUGAAAGUAGGGAAAUUCUCAGUGCAAACAAACUUACCUUGUUAAUAAAUGUUUGUUGUUUUAAUAAUCAGAAUGUUUGAUGCAUGUUGUCAGUUUUGCUGUCAUGGAUUGAAGUGGUAUUUUUAUCAACUUGAUAGAUCAUGUAGAAAUGAUGCUGGAAUACACAUAUUCUGCAGUAAACUGCUUAACAGAAUUUACUUCCUGGUAGUUUUAUAUGGCCGCUUUUGUUCAUUUUCAACUGUAAAUGAAGAUGGUAUAUUGUGAGUGUCCAAACUACAGGAAUUUUGAUUUUGAUAUAGAAAGGUUUAAAAGGAUACAGGCCAAUGUCUUAAGCUGUAGAUCAUGAUUUAGAUGUUGUAAAAUGUUAAACUUGUAUUGGCUACGUUUAUGCAUAAAUGUCGGACAUUUUCCAGAAAUUUUGCAGGUCAAUUUGUCUAAUGAUUACGAGUACUUGUACUGGGUAUAUGACUAUAUCAUUAAGAAACAGCAUUAAUUCAUUGAUACUAAUCAUGUUUUGUAAGUCGGUUGUUAAUUAGUUUCUAAUUGAUAAAACAUGAAUAUUUGUGUAUAUAAUGUUAAGGGUCUCUUGUGUGAUAGUUCAGUUCCUUACAUGAAUUCUUUUAUAAAUUGCUGGUCCAUGUCUGACAGAUGUAUAUUCAACACAUAUUUGCUGAGCUAAGUCAAAAAACAAAUCUGUGAACAUCUAUUUCUUAUGUCAGGUGUAAAAUAAUAUACUUACUGAAUGGCAUGCAGGUCAUUAGUCGAAACGUUUUACUUGCAACACAUCUAAUAAGUAUAUAUUGGCUGAAAUUAAACUAUUUUUUUAUUGAUACUGUAAUAUUAAGUCUGUAAGAAUAUCCUUUAAAAGCAUAGAAUGCAACCAAGCAAAAUUGAUUGAGUCUGUUCAGGAGAGGUAAUGGAAAGUGCAACACCCAUUACACCAUGGAGUACCUUUAAAUGGAAUUCUAUCACAGAGAUAUUUUUGGAAUGGACUAUAAUCUCAAAGGAUUAAACAUAUUUUUACAUAAUUUUGAAAGUAAAAUAAUACUUUGUUACCAAGUAUACAUACAGAACUUUUUUGAAAAAUUCUUAAAAAGUGACCUGAUUAUAAUAAAAAGGACUGAUUAUAAUUUCUGUAGUUAUUAAUUUUCAAGUAUAUGUCUAAGGCUAAAGGGAUAUGCCUUCAGAUUUAUCUUAGAUAUUAAAAAAAAUUACAAGGUGUUUUAAUUUGUAAGAAAUUGUAACUUACAAUUAUAAAAUGAUUCAUUGAGGCAAUAUCGUUACCAAUCUCCUAAAAUAUCAACUUUAAUAAUAUUCAUUUAUAACCAGUGACAUUUAAUAUGUGUUUUUGUCUUAAAAAGAAGAACUUUCAGAGCUCAUCUGGAGGCAAGCCCCUAUAAAAAUCCUUCUUUUUAAUUGUCUGUUUUCUAUAGACACACAUGUAGGUAGUAAGAAAUAUUAAUUGUGUAUAUGUUUCUUUUGGAAAUGAUUUUUUUGAAACUGUUUUUUGUGUGCAAUUUAAAUUGAACUGCACUUUGAUUGAUGUCAGUUAAUUCAGGUUUAUUUACUUUACUAAAAGAUGAAUUUUGUGUUUUAACAUAAGAUCAUUGGAUAUAUAUAAAGCUUUAUAUAGAAAUGUUUAGAAUGAUCACAUUCAUCCUUAUAUGGUUAGAUUAUAUAAGUAAAAUAAAGUGUUACAGAAAAGGAAGUGCACUCUGCUAUUAAAAGAGAUGUCAGUAGAUUGCCAUGUACAUUCCAUUACAGCAAUUUAAUCAGAUUUUUAUUAAAUUUUUCUUUUUUAAAUGUGAAUAGUGGUUUUAACUUUGCAUGCAAAAGUUAAGAUGAUUCAUAAUUUACACAAAGUCACAUAACUGUUUGGCUAUUACGUGUAUGCAGUUAUCAAUUAUCAGUUAUCAGCUAAUAGAAUUUAAAGAGAUAUAUAUAUAUUAAGUUUCUUUGAACUUCAGAAGUACAUUGAUCUUUAAUACUUUAUAUGUAAAACAUAGAGUGAUUCUUUGAGUUCUCUGAAAUAUUUUUUGAUAAAAACAGUUGUGUAAUCUUGAAGUGCUGGUCAUCAGUGAAAAAUUGUUGUGUAAUUGAAGGCAUUUAGCUUAACUUUUUAUCAAACACUUAAAUAAUGCAUGUGAAAUAUGCUUGUGGAUAUUUUGUAGGCAUUGCUUUCUGUUUAGAAAAUUCAGUAUUGUGAUGCACAUAUCGGGAUGUGCAUUUUUAACAAAGAUCAUUUAAAAAAUUUGCACAAACCUAUUGGAAGACUUAAGUUGAUCGUAUUAUAAGGUGUUAGAUUAGGUCAUACCAAAUUGGAUCUUAUAGAACUUGCGAAGCCUUAUUUCAGCUUAAUAAAUAUUUUGAUGUUACUACUACUUAAAAUAUUUGAAAACACUGUUAUACUCCACUAUAUUUUUCAUGGGUGUAAAAGCUUUCAGUAAGUAAUGCUAGUUUUUGUUUUUUCACUUGAUUUGUUUUUCUUGCCUGGUAGAUGUGUAAGUUUUAAAAAAAUGAUUGGAAAACUAAACAGUUAGGUAUGGCCAAAAAAUGAAUACUUGGAAUUUUUAGAUAUUUGUAAAUUCAUGCUUCUGUAGAAAGUACAUCACCUAAAUGUUGUUUACUGUUACUUAUCACAAAGAAUAUUCAUCAGCUGUACAUGUACCUAGAUGAUGUUUGUAGACGAGUUGUGAGUUGGAGGUAACAUUUUACAGUGUUGUCUAUGUUUAUGCAGUUUUAGGGAGUCUCAUUACAUUGUUAUGGUACAAGUAACUGAAUUUCUCAUCUAUAUUAGAAAGACAUGUUUUGUAUGAUAUUGUGACCUUUAUGAGAAUGGAGGGCAAAUAAAAGUUCAUCUAAGA